AUGUACGUCCUGAAGGGCAUCGACGCCGACGAUCAACAACAGAGAGACGACGAGGCCACCAAGACUGUGCGCGACAUCCUGGCCGAAAUCGACCCAACCACCGAGAUAUUGCACAUUGACGAAGACACCCCCAGUGCCGGCGAGUGGGAGGAGCUUGGCCGCCACUUCACACAUCUACGGGCCCUCCAUGUCGACACCGGCUUUUGCGAGUACUGGAUCGACGAGAAUUUCCCUCUACACUGGCCGCUUGAGCUGCUGGUCAUUGCAAGUGCUUGCGGGGAGACCAUAACCUCCCCGGCCAUUCUCGAAGGGAGAAUCGAACACCUCGUCCUGUUGUUGACGUGUGGGCUUCGAUUCGAAGGACCAACAAGCCGGGAAAUGAUGAAAAGUGCAGAGUCAAUUUUCAUCGCCCGUGACGAUGAUAAAGAAGAUGCUGGCAAGGAAGGCGACUCAGAGGACUCGGGGGGGCUCAAGAUCUAUUCCAUCCCGGACGAGUGGCGCAAGUGGCACCAUCAGAAAUACGGCAGCCAGCAGAUCAUCGAUUUGUUCUCCGGCGCCGACGACACAAGCGGCCCUCCUUCUAAGAUGACAAAACUGGAAAUCAUCGGCAACGAUGCCAUCGAGACCCUCACCAGAAUGGCACUUGCCCACUUCCAUCUCCUCACCGGACUCUCCAGCCUCACCCUCUGCUCCAUCCACGACAACGACCUGGCCAUCCUUCCCGGCGAUUACUUUGCCACCUUCCUCCCCAUGCUGUCGCGUCUCAAGGAGCUGCGGCUCACUGUUGACGACAACACACUAUCCGCAUUGCACCAGGCAAUUUCCAAAACGCGGAGGUCAGGGUCAGGGUCAGGCACCCACGAUAAUGACACCAAAUCUCAUCACUUUGGAUUUCUCCACGACUGCCUACCCCCCAACUUGGAAGCACUGCAUUUCCGGGGACCCGUGACGCUGGCGCCAAAGCUGGGAGCUUUCACUGCGGCGCUUUCAGAUCCUGCAUGUCUGCCGUCGCUGCGGCGCAUGAGCUUCGUGCUCGACCUGCCCUGCCGCGUGCUGGGGAAUGGCAACCUGACAGCCCCAUUGAAGCAGCUCCGCGCGGCCAGGCGGGCCUGUCGGACGCUCUGGGACGCGGCGGCCCGUCGCGGUGUUGUUGUCGAGGACCGGUGGUGGGAUCCCUGGGUGGAGGUCUACAAGUUGCCUCAUAUUCCUGCCGUGGAUGGGCGAUGGGAGGAGUGUGGGUUGGAUGAUGACUGA